AGCAAUUUCUCUUUGAAAAUUCUAUCUAAAUGUAAGGAGAUAAUACCAUCCAGUCGAUUUUCUGUUGCUGCUGUUCCCUACAGAAGCGACAAAUGAGAACACAAAUAAGCCUGAGCAGAGAUGAAGAACUUUCAGAAGAAUACACUCCACGGGGAAGACAGUGGUUUUGUGAAAUGCAAAGCAAGAAGCAAUCCAACAGGGGUUAUUUGCAACCAUCAAAACGCAAGCCUCUGCCUCCACUCCCACCCUCCGAGGUUGUUGAGGAGAAGAUGCAAGUCAAGGCCCUGUAUGACUUUGUACCCAGAGAGCCCUGUGAUUUAGCAUUAAAGAGAGGAGAGGAAUACCUGAUAUUGGAGAAGUAUAAUGCUCACUGGUGGAAAGCAAGAGACCACUUUGGGAAUGAAGGUUUAAUCCCAAGCAACUAUGUGACGGAAAACAAAUUAACAAAUUUAGAAAUAUAUGAGUGGUACCAUAGAAGCAUUACCAGAAAUCAGGCAGAACGUCUUUUGAGACAAGAGUCCAAAGAGGGUGCAUUUAUUGUCAGAGAUUCAAGGCAUUUGGGAUCCUACACGAUUUCUGUAUUUAUAAAAGCGAGGAGUGCUAUGGAAGCUACCAUCAAACAUUAUCAGAUUAAAAAGAAUGACUCUGGACAGUGGUAUGUGGCUGAAAAACACCUCUUUCCAUCCAUCCCUGAGCUGAUCUGGUACCACCAGCACAAUGCAGCUGGUCUCUUGACCCGUCUGCGCUAUCCAGUUGGGUUGAUGGGCACUUGUUUGCCAGCCACAGCUGGUUUUAGCUAUGAAAAGUGGAAGAUAGAUCCAUCUGAAUUGACUUUUGUAAAGGAAAUUGGAAGUGGUCAGUUUGGAGUGGUCCACUUGGGUGAAUGGCGAACACACAUCCAGGUGGCUAUCAAGGCCAUCCAUGAAGGCUCCAUGUCUGAAGAGGACUUUAUUGAAGAGGCUAAAGUGAUGAUGAAAUUAUCUCAUUCAAGGCUAGUUCAGCUUUAUGGAGUAUGUAUACAGCGGAAACCUCUUUACAUUGUGACAGAGUAUAUGGAAAAUGGCUGCCUGCUUGACUACCUCAGAGAGAGAAAAGGGAAGCUUAGAAAGGAAGUGCUACUGAGCAUGUGCCAAGAUAUAUGUGAAGGAAUGGAGUAUCUGGAGAGAAACUGCUUUAUUCAUAGGGAUUUAGCAGCAAGGAAUUGUUUGGUCAGCUCUACAAGUAUAGUAAAAAUUUCGGACUUUGGAAUGGCAAGGUAUGUUUUGGAUGAUGAAUAUAUCAGUUCUUCUGGAGCCAAGUUCCCAGUCAAGUGGUCCCCACCUGAAGUUUUCCAUUUCAACAAGUUCAGCAGCAAAUCUGAUGUCUGGUCAUUCGGAGUUUUGAUGUGGGAAAUUUUUACAGAAGGAAAAAUGCCUUUUGAAAAUAAGUCAAAUUUGCAAGUUGUAGAAGCCAUUUCUAAAGGCUUCAGGUUGUACCACCCUCGCCUGGCACCAGUGUCCAUCUACAAAGUCAUGUACAGCUGCUGGCAUGAGAAACCAGAAGGCCGCCCUACAUUUGCUGAGCUGCUGCACGUACUCACAGAGUUUGCAGAAACCUGGUGACCAAUGGGAAUACCAACCCAGAAGAUCAUCAUGCAAAACUGUCACAAAAGGAGAUCCCUGUUGGGGUCACUGGUGGUGAAUAUCUUUCUCUAAAGCGGCUGAUUCCUGGAAACAGUGUAAAGAUCAAAGACUUUUCAAAUUUCUUAAAAUUUAAGAAUAUUCUGACAAUAAUAUUUUUCUACAUGUGUGUUGGAGAGGGAGUAAUAAACUCUUAUUUUUCUGCAAUGUUCUUCCUAGUCCCUGUGUGCAGAAGGGGAAAAGGCUCUGCAGCAGCCUUCAUGUGGCUCUUCAGAAGAAUGGCCUGCAGAGUCCCUACAGGAACCUUUGAAGCCUUUAUAGGGCUGAGGACAUUUCUUUCCUACAGUGGAAUGACAUGCUUUACUUCAGUUAUGCAAGCACAGAAAAUGAAAACAAAUACUUCUAACUUAUGGAAUAUAGGCCUUCCCUGCCCAAUUUCUUGCUUUUGAGCCAAAUCGAUUUUUUACAAGAAUAUAUGACUUUACAAAACACAUGCAUGUGAGCAUUCUGGAAUGAUCUUUUAUAAUCACCCCUGGUAUUUAACAAAUUGUUUUUGUACACAUAUCUAAUUAUUUUUGAGACAGUUCCUUGUGUUCUGAUUUAAACACUGAUAUAAGAGGUCCUGGUGACAUUUCUAUCUCUAGUAAUAGCCAUUGUCAGAAGUAAUUCAGAACUGAAUUUCAAUUCUGAGGUUUCAUGCUUUGCACAUGUGAAAUUGGACAAUUUAAGAAUCCUCAUUUUGCUUGGAAAGUACCUCCCAUACCUAUCU